AUGCCGUUCUACUCGGGAUCUAGUCGCUCUAAGAAGGCACGCAAAGACGGUUCCAACAGAACCUCAACAGCGUCCAUGGUCUCAACGGCUUCGCAUGCCACUUCAAAAGACUCUAGGUCCUCUGCGGAAUCUUCCAAGAAAGAUAGCUCGUCUACACAGUCCACGGCCCCAAAGCACGCUGUACCAGGUUCGACGGAGGCGCCAAACACGCAGGCCACCAAACCAAAACCGGCAGAAGCAGAAAGAAAAGCACCAAACGUAUUUGAGUACCUUGAGGCUGAUUCGGAAUCGGAUGCAUCGUCAUCGGAGGACGAUGAUGACAGUUUGCCGUCGUCGAAAUCCUCCGUAGGGGCACCACCCCCUGCGCAACCGAAGGUUGCAUAUGCUGCACCUGCCGCGCGCCAGCCCAGCUCCACAAGCCAAGCAGCGAACGGCCGCAGUCGAACGUCCUCGAUGAAGUCUAAAGCAUCCAUGGAUUCCCGCACUUCCACAGGUCCCUAUAAUGUUUCACCUACUGCGGCGCCCCUACAGUUAGCCAGACACAACCCUGUCCGUCGAAAGUACUCCACAGACGGGUCUCACGGCUCAGGCCCUCUGCCUGACGGCUUGACUCACCCGGGUAGACGCAAUCUCGAUACGGUCACGUCGCCGGAGGCAUACUAUCCAUCCCCAAACCCUGCUCCUUUCCAGCGGCCUCCGUUUCCGCCUUCUCCUCCUCGAAGCCCCGGGGAGGACCUUCACCGAGUUAGCCGGAGAUCUAGGAGAAACACUAAGACUGCACACAUACCGUCUGGCUAUGGGCUUGUAUCCUGGCAGUUGGAUUCUUCCACCGAAGGAAAAGAAGCCUCCCUUCCCCCGCUCUAUCGUCGAUUUGAAAGUGUGAACCACCGUGUGCUGCUACACUUGCAGGAUGAAAUCGCACAUCUAGAAGAAGAAUUGCACAUGCUGGACGAGUACGAAGAAAUGCACCGUAUUGCUGCGGCCGAACAAGAGGGGAGCAAGGUCUUACCGGCUUCGCGACGCAUGGAUGCCCAGGCGCAGGUGUACUCGUCCCUCCAUUAUCGAAGGGAAGAAGUGAUGGGGGUUCUGGUCCAUAAGACCCAGCAAUACAACACUGCCCUCAGCGCAUACAGCAAAGUCUUACAAACCUUGCCCCGCGCCUCCGAAAAGGACACCGAGACAUACCGUACAUGGAUGAAAGAGCACAAUCCUAUCGCAGCAGCUGAAACCCGUUUCCUUGACCACGCCCAGGACCUUAUCUCUCUUGCACCACGCGCUAUCUCCAGCCCCUCCAACUCGUCGGUCUAUUCUGCCAUUAUCAUUGCUUCCGCUGCCAUCCUCCUCCCGCUACUAUCGUUUGCUAUGAUCGCCGAAUUCUCCGGUCGUCUCCUCGUCGUCGCCCUCGUGGGAGGCGCUGCGGCUGCCAUUGCUUCCAACUAUUCGACCGGCGCGGAACAUUUGGUGGCAUCUCAGGAUGGCUGGAGAUGUGCUACACUAUACUUCGGUUUCAUGACCGUAGCCGCGAUGUUCAUUCCUUGA